AUGAAUGAGGGCUCUGAGAACGAUCUGAGCUCUCUCUCGCUGCCGGUUUCGGCCCGGCCCAAUAAAAUGAAUGUCUUCGCCAAAUCGAUACGCAAAUUGGGCAGAACAGCAUCCAGACUCAACCUAGCUACUCAAUUCAACCAGGAGUCUCUCUCGGGACUGGCUCUGCCGCCAAAGCUGGCCAGACCACAGGAACUGCUGCCGGAAGAGGAUGCUUUCCAUGCCAUUUCUUACAAUGCUGUGGCUGAUCUGACGGAACCAACGCAGGUCAGGUACCUACCGAGGAAGGACUCUUUUACGGUCCUGGAGCUGCCACAACGGGUUCUGUUUGGAUCAGACGACUUCAGAUUGAAACCAAAGGCAGGACCUGCCUUGGCUCCUGUUUAUACGGCGAGCGAGUUGACUAGCGUCAGCCCUGUUACUGCUCACAGUCCUGUGAUGUCACGGUCUCCAUCAAGAGGCAACUUCCAGCUGGUAGACUUAGCACUUACGGAACACAUCAUGAGCUCGGCCAACGAUAGCUCCACAAGCUUCGGCUCCCUCGAUCCGAAACCUAGAUCCACCAGCUUCCCAGACUCGCAAAUCCCCCGAUCCCAAAGCAUGAGCAGCUCUACAUUUGAAGCUCCUAAUAGCAUAGCCAAAUUGGGCCCUCCGGCGCCUUUGUAUUCAAAGCCAAAGGAACGCUCCAACUCAAGCUCCAACAUCCUCGCCGGCUACAAUGCACCCAGCUCGAAGGCCAUAAUAUCUAAUUCCUUGCAUUCUUUCCAUGUCGUUACAUCCCACAUCGACCAAAUGCCUGAGCCCGCCGUGGUGGAGCAUUUAUUCCAGAAAUUGCUUUCAAUCAGGGUCUUUCCAGAAGACUCCUUCAAGCAAACUCCCCUCAAACGAAAGUGGGAGCUUCUUCUUAGUGAGGGUGAAACUAACGCUGCAUUCGAUCUUCCACAACUCCUCCAAGAGGCUACCAUCUCUGUGGAAGCUAAACCCCUAAAGCUCGAUACAAAGACUCCAAGCAGGUCAAGCUCCAAUACCCAACGAGAACGCCACUCGGAUUCUCUGAAUCGCACAUUGCAUACCCCAAUUCCUGGUGUCCCAUCCCCCACAGUGACUUCUAACGCGAAGAAAGGCUCUCCCGUGUGGUUCAUAAGACAGAUUCUUCGCAACUCCUUACAAGCGAAAGAUUUCAAGAAGUUGGAUAAGCGUCUUGUCAGUCUCAAUAAGUGGGUGAAAGAAUUCCGUGAACAGCAAGGUGAGUCUGCGUUGGCAAACUUACUCAAGCAGAUUAACCAAAAGAGCAUUAAGUCGAACGAUGAGUUCGAAAAGGAAAAGAUUAUCUGUAAAUGUCUCAAGACGUUAAUGGCAACAGAUCCAUCAAACGAUAAAGUCCUGAAAAUAUCAUUUGCUCCCAACUUGAUCAACCAGGAGCAUCUUCAAGUCGUGAGAAGCUUACCCUUCUCGUUAUUAUCCCCUAGUAUUGAGACAAGAAUACUAGCAACCGAGCUCCUCAUCUACUUGACACAUUUUGAGGACUUCAACUUCUUUCCUCAUCUUAUGGAUGAGUUUCGCAAGCUUCAGGAUAAGUUCCUCAUGUUUGUCCGGUUCCAACCAUGGAUGAACGCUUUGGAAUCUACACUAGAUCAACAUCUUCAGACAGCUCAACAGCAUCGUUCAUUGCACGAAGGUAUAUUGAAAGAAUAUCUUCUAGUGACGAUCAUCUUCAUCAACCAACUACUUGGACGUUGCGAGAGGCCCAAAGAUCGAAUUGUUCUUCGAAAAGAAUUCUCUGACAGCAGAUUAGAUAAAAUCCUUGAAAAGGUCAAAAGAUUUAAUGAUGAGGGAAUUUUGAGGCACAUAGCUCAUUAUAAUAGUCUUGCUGAAGGAGAUUACUCCAACUUUUUGAUGGAAUCCCUGUUCAGAAUCGAUUCUGAGGACGAUGCAGACUCCGUGACUUCGCCGCCUAGUGACAUUCGAACUAAGCUCGAUAGCGACUUAAUUGAUCAUACUAAGUCUAACGGUGACCACAAUCAAAUGAAUUCAUUCUUGGAGAGAGUGAGAUACAUCAGGAAGUCACGGCCCAAGGAUGAGUCUAGGCGACUCUUCAAUAUUCUUGACCUCGUCGCAGAUCAUCUCAUCGAUGACGAUCUAGGGCAUUCAAAAUCCGACUCGGUUGUCAACGUCACUUUGGAAAAGCUCAUUGACCGAUUAGAGAGUGAUGACACUGCUCGUCGUGCUGUCAUGGAAGUGGAAGCGCUCAAACGUGAAAUCGUCGAAUUGAGAGAAAGCAAAGCCGUUCCUCAAUCAACUACUGCUACGGAGACCGACAGCUACCGUGUGAGUCGUUUGGAGAAGGAACUCGAGAGGCUGAAGAUCACAAUCAUAUCCCAAGAAAAACAAAUAAAUCUCAUGCUGAACACGAUCAAACGCCUCGACGCGGACUUGCAAAGAUCUAGAAAGCCUUCAGACGGUAGCAGAAGUCUGGUCAACAGAGCACUGUUUUCUUCCCUUUCGGCAAAUGACAAAUCAAGUCCCAGCAGUGGCGCACAGGGAGUCGUGUUGGAUGAGCUCGAAUACAAGUUGUCCAGGCAGAAAUCCAGAAAUACCAACUUGAAGAAGUCGAAGGUGACAAGCAAUCUUACCGGGCAUCUUGGUGAUCUGAAGAGUGAAGACAACUUGAUAGCUCUAGGCGCAAAAGGCGGAUUAGGUGAGUACGAUGAUGGUUCCACUUCUCCACAUAAGGACAUUGAUAGCAGCAAUAAGCUCACUAAAGAAUUUCCAGACUUCGGAAAACUCCUUGCUAAUAAAGCUGGGGCGGCUAAUCAGGCGGCGCCCCCACCACCGCCUCCACCUCCUCCCAAGCUUCCUUCGUUCCUUCCCGAUUCCUCCAAGUCAACGGCGCCUGGUCCUCCUCCACCUCCACCGCCUCCACUCCCACCAAUGCUAGCAGGUACUAAUGGCUCUGGGGCUCCACCUCCACCUCCACCUCCACCUUUACCCGCCUUCAUUGGAGCUGCGAGCGAGCUGGGUGAAAAGUCUGGCCCUCCACCGCCACCACCAUUACCUGGAUUUAUUGCAUCGCCUGAUACCCUGACUGGGCCUCCACCACCUCCUCCUCUAGCACCUGAUUUACUUUCUCCAAACUUGACAGGUGGAAAGAAUGACAGUGAAGGUUCGAAGGCCAUUGAGGAAGCCACAGCCGCUGCGUCCUCAAGGAAAAAACUGGCUGUUAAGCUUAAGCCGGUCCACGUUAACAAUGUCAAUGAUACGACAUCUACAAUCUGGGCUGAUAUUAAGAAGGAGGUUAUUUUGGAGCAGCUCGAAACGCAUGGCGCAUAUAACGAGGUGCAAACACAUUUCAAGGUGAAAGAAAUUCCAAAGAAGAAAGCUGUCAAUGUCAAUGCUGUUAAAAAAGCAGCAAAGGCGAAAGAGACUCUCAUUCCUCGAGACAUUGCUCAUCAGUUUGGAAUCUAUUUGCACAUGUACAAUAAUGUUUCUGCGGAGGACCUUGCCCUCAAGAUUUUGCAUUGCGACAAGGACAUCGUCGACAACAUUAGUGUUCUUGAGUUUUUCACCUCUGAAAUUUUCAACGAUUUUUCAGAGUCCAAGUUCAGAAAUUUUGUUCCUUAUUCAAGAGACCUUAGCAAUCCAGACUCGAAACCAUCCAAGCCUAGUGACGAUCUUGAAAGGGCUGACAAAGUAUUCCUCGAGAUCUACAAUAUGCGACACUAUUGGAAGUCACGGUCCAGAGCUCUCCUUGUCACUCAAACUUACAAGAAAGACUUCGAGGAUUUGAGGAACAAAUUGACCAUGAUAGACAACACAGUAAAGGCAAUCAAGGAAAGUGAAAAUCUCAAACAUGUUCUUGGAUUAAUUCUUGAGGUUGUGAACUAUAUGAAUGAUGAUGCUAAACAAGCACUGGGAUUUAAACUCGAUACUUUGCAGAGGUUGAAAUUUCUCAAAGAUAACUCGAACACCAUGACAUUUCUACAUUACGUGGAGAGGAUCGUCAGAAAUAAAUUCUCAGAAUGGGGCUCGUUUGUCGACGAAUUGAACGUUCUAAACCAGAUGCACAAUAUCAGUGUUGAGCAGAUAGAGAAGGACUGUGAGGAAUACGAAAGGAAUAUAACCAAUACUCUUGUUUCGUUAGAGAAGGGUAACUUGAAGGAUCCUUCCAUAUUUCAUCCAGAGGACAAGAUUCUCCGUGUGAUCAGACGACCCCUUAUUGUUGCCAAAGAAAAUGCCCAUCAGCUUAUUGAGCAGCUUCGCAAAACCGUUGAAGAUCACAGCGCAUUGAUGAUAUAUUUUGAUGAAAAGCCUGAAGACAGCAAUAGCAGAAACACUUUUUUUGCGAAAUUUACAGCGUUCGUCAGCCAGUUCAAGCAAGUUCACGCUGAGAACGUCCAGAGAGAGGAAGAAGAGAGAGCUUAUGAAAUCAAGAAGCAAGCUAUCCAAAAGAGAGAGAAGAGCAAGUUGUCGAAACGGUCUGGCGUCAACGGUGAAAAGAACUCCAAACAAGCAUCACAACAGGCAGGCCUGGAGGAAUUGGAAGAUCAAGCAAAUCACCAAGAUGAUGAAGAUGAUGACGAUGAUGACGAUGCAGCAGGGGGUCAAGAUGAUUCGGUUAGUGUUGCUGCUGUUGAUGAGCUUUUACGCCAGCUUAAAUCGGGAGCUCCUAGAGAGAAGAGCAGGGCACGAGAGAGACAUGGUAGAGUUCUUGCUGAAUUGUACGGCUCCAAAAAUGGCACAAAAACGUCGGAGCUGCUCUCUGGUCAGGAUCCAACAUCUGCAGCAGAUGAAACGCCAGUUAGUGAGGUUCAGGAGAAGGAUGCGCCACAAACUGAAGAAGAGGAUGUGAUGGUGAGAGCGAGAAGUAUGUUGCAGCGUUUACGAAGCACUCCAGAUGUUACGGCCGCCCUACCAAGCCCAAUUGUUGAAGAACCUUCUCAACCUCCGCACGAACUGGUUGCAAAAACCGAAAGUGACUCGGUGCAGAACGACGCUGAGCGUGCAGAUAUUGAUAAGGCACCAGAGGAAGUUAUCGAGAUAGGGUCCUCGGAAGGUACCCCGGAAAGUGACUCUGUUGUGGAAAUCGAGUCUGGGCAUGCCGCACAGGUGAUCUUGCUGCCAAAAGUGAUAGCGCCUAACCAACUAGAAGUUGUGAGAGAAGAAUUCUCCAGAACGUGGCAGGUCUCUGCCAGAAAACAACUUCAUAGCACCCCAAGGUAUCUCGAUGCCGUAGUGGUGUCUGGAACGAAAUUGGCCAAGUCUAUCAAACACCAGGUGGCUCAGAAGGUUAUUGAAUACAACCGUGAACAGUUCCCAUCGCUUGAUUUACCAGUCACCAAUGACGGUAUUACAUUCGAACAGCUUACCUUCAAGCCUCAGUUGACCAUCAUUCAGGUCGGUAGCAGGCCAGACUCCUCCGCUUACGUGCGUUCAAAGCUCAAGGCUGCCCAAAUUUCCAACAUUCAGCUGAAGCUUGUGCAAUUCGAUGAGGACUUCACUGAGGAAGAAUUGCUUGAGGAGGUUGACCGUUUGAACAAAGAUCCUAAGGUCAAUGGUAUUUUGAUCCAGCUUCCAUUGCCCAAGCACAUCAAUGAGACGCUAGUUACCAAUGCCGUUGCUACUGAAAAGGAUGUCGAUGGUUUCGACAGAUUCAAUGUGGGAGAGCUCUCCAAGCGUGGUGGUAAUCCCAAAUUCAGGCCAUGCACCCCCAAUGGUAUUAUGGAGCUUAUCAAGACCACCGGAGUCCAAUUGCGUGGUAAGUCUGCUGUGGUGAUUGGCCGUUCUGACAUUGUUGGUACCCCAGUUGCAGCCAUGUUGAGAAACGAAGAUUGUACUGUCACUGUGUGCCACCGUUACACCUACGACUUGCCCUCUGUUGUUCGUAGUGCCGACGUGAUUGUUGCUGCUGUGGGCAUUCCAGAGUACGUCAAGGCUGACUGGGUCAAGGAUGGUGCUGUGGUUAUCGAUGUCGGUAUUAACUACAAGGAGGACCCUUCUGCCAAAAACGGCAAGAGGCUCGUGGGUGAUGUUGCCUACGAGGAGGUUGCCAAAAAGGCCUCGUACAUCACGCCUGUUCCCGGUGGAGUUGGCCCAAUGACUGUGGCCAUGUUGUGCUCCAAUGUGUAUGAUGCUGCUAUUGCUCAAGCCAAGAAGGCUCACGACCACAAAUUCAAGCCAUUGCCUCUCGAAUGCAAGCGCCCUGUUCCAUCCGAUAUUGACAUUUCCCGUGCCCAGAAACCAAAGAAAAUUACCAAGGUUGCCCAAGAAUUGGGUCUCUUGGAAGCCGAGCUCGAGCCUUAUGGCCACUACAAAGCCAAGGUUGACCCUAAGAAGGUUGCUGAACGUUUGGACGAGCAGCUUGAAGGCGACGCCUCUUCUAGAGGACACUUUGUUCUUGUGGCUGGUAUCACACCUACUCCAUUGGGUGAGGGUAAGUCCACCACCACUAUUGGUUUGACUCAGGCUCUUGGAGCUCACUUGGGCUUCAACUCUAUCGCCAACGUUCGUCAGCCAUCCAUGGGUCCUACCUUUGGUGUCAAGGGUGGUGCUGCUGGAGGCGGUUACGCCCAGGUGAUUCCUAUGGAUGAGUUCAACAUGCACUUGACCGGUGACAUCCACGCCAUUUCUGCUGCCCAAAACUUGUUGUGUGCUGCUGUCGACACCCGUAUGUUCCACGAGGCUACCUCCAAGACUACCAAGGGUUUUUACAAGCGUUUGGUGCCUGCCAAGAAGGGCAAGCGUCUGUUCACCAAGCAGAUGUUGGCUCGUUUGGAGAAGUUGGGCAUCAACAAGACCAACCCUGACGACUUGAACGAGGAGGAAAUCGAGAAGUUUGCCAAGCUCAACAUUGACCCUGAAUCCAUCACCAUCAAGCGUGUGGUUGACUGUAACGAUAGGUUUGUUCGUGAGAUCACCAUUGGUCAAGGCAAAAAUGAGGCCGCCAAGUACCCACCUCGUACCUCUGGAUUUGAUAUCACCGUUGCCUCUGAAAUCAUGGCUAUCUUGGCCUUGUCCACCUCUCUCAAGGACUUGAGAGAACGUGUUGGUAAGAUUGUUGUUGGUACUCAACAGGACACUGGAGUUGCCAUUACUGCCGAGGACGUUGGCUGUGCCGGUGCCAUUACUGCUCUUUUGAAGGAUGCCGUUAAGCCUAACAUGAUGCAGACUCUCGAAGGUACCCCUGUUUUCGUUCAUGCUGGACCUUUUGCCAACAUCUCCAUCGGUGCCUCCUCCGUCAUUGCUGACAGAUUGGCCUUGAAGUUGACUUCCCCAGCAAACCCUAUCAACAACGGUAAGAAGGGUUUCGUGAUCACCGAAGCCGGUUUCGACUUCACCAUGGGCGGUGAGCGUUUCUUCAACAUCAAGUGCCGUGCUGCUGGUGUUUCUCCCGACACCGUUGUUCUUGUCGCUACCUCCAGAGCCUUGAAGUUGCACGGUGGUGCUUCCGACGUCAAGCCAGGUCAGGAAUUGCCCGCUGAGUACACCACUGAAAACUUGGAAUUCUUGAAGAAGGGCUGUGCCAACUUGGCCAAGCAGAUCUCCAAUAUCAAGCAGUACAACGUCCCUGUUGUGGUGGCCAUCAACGAGUUUGAGACCGACAGCAAGAACGAGCUUCGUCUCAUUCAAGAAGAGGCCUUGGCUGCUGGUGCCGACUACGCUGUUGCUUCAUCCCAUUGGGCCGAGGGUGGUUCUGGUGCUCUUAAGUUGGCCGAAGCCGUUGCCAAUGCUGCUGCCAAGAACGAGACCACUGACCAGACCUUCUUGUACGAUGUCAACUCUUCUGUCGAGGACAAGUUGUUGGCAAUCGCCUCCAAGAUGUACGGCGCCGAGGCAAUUGAGUUGUCUCCUUUGGCCAAAAAGCAGAUCGAGACCUACACUCAACAGGGUUUCGACAAGUUGCCUAUUUGCAUUGCCAAAACCCAGUACUCCCUCUCGCACGACCCAGCAUUGAAGGGUGUUCCUACCGGCUUUACUGUGCCUAUCAGAGAGGUCAGAUGUAGUGCUGGUGCUGGCUACUUGUAUGCUCUUGCAGCCGAGAUCAUGACCAUCCCAGGCUUGCCCACCCAUGCGGGUUACAUGAAUGUGGAGGUGAACGACGACGGAGAGAUUGAGGGGUUAUUUUAG